AAAACCCUGUAUUCUGCAUUGCACCCAGAGUUGUGCCAGAAGUUUGCGUUUUGUUUCUUCGGGGUUUAGAGUUCGGGGGACUUGGUCUGGUGGUCUUCUUUUGACUAUCUUGGUUGUUAGUUGACUCAAGCGUCCUUCGCGAGGUAUCAUAUGGCAACUCGUAUGGCAUUGCUUCCGCAGUGCCUUUCCAAUGAUGCUUUCAGUGGCAUUCACCAGCCGGCGCGAUCACAUUCUCUGGAAUUUAAGCGAACACCCUCUACAAACCUGAGGUUUAGUAAUUUGAAGGGACAUGUUGUUUUUGGGUGCGGCGCGAGGUUUGAAAGAAUGGAGGCCAGAUUUCCGGUUUGCGCGCGAGCUGCGGCGGGGGACAGCACUAGGGGUUUUGGGGAUUUGGCGGUUAUGGUGAAUGACUGCUCGGGGAAGAUGGGUGGAGCUGUUGCAGAGGCGGCUGUUAGGGCUGGCCUACAAUUAGUGCCUGUUUGUCUUACGGGGCCUGGUCUUGGACGUUCAUUCUCCAUUCAGGGGGUUAAUGUCGAGUCUGUGGAUUCUCAAGAGCGUGAGCGAGUGAUGGAUCAAGUAUUGCAAGAUUAUCCUAAUGUCAUUGUCGUGGACUACACAUUACCAGCAGCUGUGAAUGGUAAUGCUGAAUUUUACUGUAGUCGGGGCCUACCAUUCGUGAUGGGUACCACGGGUGGUGAUCGUGAUAAGCUUAUGGAGGAUGUAUUGAAAUCCGGGGUAUACUCAGUUAUCGCUCCUCAAAUGGGAAAGCAGGUUGUAGCAUUUCAAGCAGCUAUGGCGAUCAUGGCUGAGCAGUUCCCAGGCGCCUUUUCAGGCUACAAACUCAAGGUUCUAGAAUCCCAUCAGUCCACCAAAGUGGAUACGUCUGGAACUGCGAAAGCUAUUAUUGGCAGCUUUCAGAAACUAGGCCUUGCCUUUGACAUGGAAGAGAUCGAGAUGGUAAGAGAUCCCAAGAGGCAAAUUGAGGAGAUGAAAGUGCCUGAAGCACACCUUAAUGGUCAUGCUUAUCAUACAUACCAAGUUGUUUCGCCAGACGGCAUGGUUAUCUUUGAAUUUCAGCACAAUGUGUGCGGGAGAUCUAUAUAUGCAGAGGGUACUGUCGAUGCAGUCUUAUUUUUAGCCAAGAAGAUCCGAGAGAGAUCAGAUAAGAAGUUGUACAAUAUGAUUGAUGUGUUGCGCGAAGGGAGCAUGCGGUAAGAUGCAGAUAUCAUAUUUUGUAGUCGAACCUUAAGGAAUGAAAGAGAAUGCAAUUUUGCCUUUUAUUUCCAAAUUUUCCUCUUCUGAGUUGUCACCCAGGUUUCAAUUGUUUUUGACUGGAGUUCACAGUGGGCAAUUUGCUCACAAUGUGUUGUUCUGAGGACUGGAAGCAUUUAGUAAGGUACCAAGCUGGGUUCUCACUUGCAUUUGUUUCUUGCUGCUCAUGAUCUCUCUUCUAAGGUAUAUACGAGUACUUUCUGAGCGA